AUGGCGCUCACUCGAUUGGGGCAGAGAUGGCUUUUGCUGGGUGUGUUGGUGAUGAUUUUGGUAUGGCCGACAACUGCCUCGGACUCUGCGGUGCCAACAAUCGACGCACAAGAUGGACGCUUGGUUUUGACCGCGCGUGACGUGCAUGUGACUGAUGACGAUGGAGCCGCCUUCUCUCUCGUGACUGAUCACCAGACCCUGGCCGAGGCCAUCGCCAACAUCAGCGCGCUACAAAACGAGCCGGCCCCCAACGUUGGUGAUGCCCUCACAUCGGCCCAGGUGCAAGCUGCCAUCAACACCUCGCUAGCACCCUACGCCACCGUUGAUGGCCUCAACGACGCGCUGGCCGCGUAUACCCCCACCACCCUUCUGAAUGCUACCCUUGAGGCGGCCCUGAACGCCAGUUGGACUGCCACCCAGGCUCUGGUCAGCGAGCAACUCGCGGGGUAUGCCACUCCUGCCAACGUGGAUGAUGCCAUCUCCGCUGCCCUCGAUGACUUUUGGACGAGCACAGCACCGAUCGUCCAAGCCUCCGUUGCUUCACAGCUUGCAAAUUACACUCCCGCCACGGAACUCGAGGUCAAGUUUGACUUGAUCCAAGAUCAGUUGGCGCAGCUCGUCAACGAGAGUACUAUCGAGACAAAGAUUACUCAAGCCCUGAGUGAGUACGGUCAGAGUCGGCAUCCCGUCUAUCUCGAUGCCCCGGUGGAAGCGUGCACUGCGGCCAACGCUGGCCAGCUGGCCCUCGCAGCCACAGGCCACGUCGUCGUCUGCGUUGGUGAGGCUUGGACUGCUGUUAGCAGCGAUGAAGGUCUGUACCCUUCGUGCCGUGCCAUCAAAGAUGCUCUUCCCCACGCCCCCGACGGCUACUAUACCGUCGUCCGCAAUGAGGUGUCCCGACGAGUCUACUGCGACAUGACCACUGAAGGGGGUGGCUGGGAGUGGAUGGCCACCAAGGUGACCAGCAACUUUGACGCGCUUGGUGCUGCUCAAGCGCGUCAAAUCAGCCUUGAUGCUGACGCUGCAGGAGAGAUUCCGCGUGAUCUCCCUUGGACGCAAGUCCUGUUUCGCUUCAAGUCCAGCCAGCUGGCCAACACAUACACCGUGUAUAACCGUGGGGCGCAGCCCGCACUCGACACGCUCCUGCAAGGUGCGCAACAAAGCUCAGAGGCACGCGACACGGGUGGCUUCUUUCGUGUUGUCAACGGCACACGCUACCCUGAGACCGGUACCGCCCUUGUGCAACGCCUGCAUUACUCAACCUACUUGGGCAUCUCCGAGUGGCACAACGGCUCCAACCUCUGGCUUGACCUGUGGCACGUCAAGUCUGCCUAUGACAAGAGUGAUUGGCUUUUUUCGGAUGACCCCGAAGCACUGGGCAGCAAAUGCAUUGCCGGCUAUUGCUACCUCACAGAGCCCGUAUGGUACAUGGUCCGCGAGGCGCCCGCUGCCGCCGUCCAGUCUGCCUGGCCGCGUCGCCAUUGGUCCUCUUGCCAGCAGAUUUCCAACUUUGCACCAACCGCCGUCGCCGCAGAUGGCCUCUACGCCAUUGAGAUUGAAAAUCAGAUUCGAACCGUAUCUUGCGACAUGACCACCGCUGGUGGAGGCUGGACGGUGUUUGCGACAAAGAAGACGCCAUCCUUUCCUGCCUUCAGCAGCUUCAUGAGUGGUCUUCAGCUUGCUUCCGCCAUCAACGAUGACAGUGCAGGUCAUAUUCCAGCCCAAGCCCAGGUGCUCGAAAUUCUUUUCAAAUUUGCUGACAGCCCCGAUUACGUCAUUUAUACUCGCACGCAACGGGAUAGCAAUCUCGACAGCUUCUUUCGCGGCACUACCCUCACCGUGUCGGGUGGAGCCAACGGCAACUGGCAUCGGGUGGUCUCGAAUGUCCGCUCGCCAACCACGGGCAAUGUCGCGGCUUCUGGUGCCAUGCUGGCAGCGGCUGGCGGCUUGGCUGAGGCUGAAAGCGGUGAUUAUCGCUGGGUAAACAUGGCUGUAACAACCGGAACCGGCACACGAGCCGUGUCUGUGGAUGAAGCCAGUGCUGCCAACACAAAAUGCAUUGCUGGUGUGUGCCGCAAGGACGGCGUCAUCCUGGUUGCCUAUCGUGACCAGUCUGGCGCCAACAUCGGCGAGCCUGUCAACAACAUCUGGCAUUCGUGUUCCGCCGUUCGUCUAGCCGAGCGUGUGACCACAUCUGGCAUUUAUCCGAUCAGCCCCAAUGGGUUGACCAUCCAAAACGCUUACUGUGACAUGACCUUGGAAGGUGGAGGCUGGACGUUGUUUGCUACAAAAGUCACGCCAUCCUUCUUAUUCACCUCGGGAACAAAUGACCUGUCUAGCCUCAACUCACCGUAUGGAGACAUGGCCGGCUCGAUUCCCGAUUCUAGCAUGUACAAUGAAAUUUUAUUCCGCUUCCCCGGCAUCAAUGAUUCGUUUGUCGUUUAUCGACGAACAAACCUGACCGACUUUGACAGUUUCCUCUACGGCGAGGAUUUCAAUCGCUACGUGUACAACGAUGGCUUUUACCGCUUCAGUCAGGGCACACGCUACCCGGCCUCUGUAAAUGAGCUGGAAACUGUGGUUCACUUACAUCUGUACCGCGCCAACGGCAUUUCCGAGGAGCACUCGGGAACGGAUCGGUGGAUCGAUCUGUGGUCGGGCCGAGACGGCUCCAACAAUUACAUCUCAACCGACUCGGAUGCUGCCCUUGGGACCAAAUGCAUUGCAGGCAUUUGCCUUGAGCAUGAGCCCGUGUGGAUGAUGUAUCGCACGCGCCUCGAUGCCCGAAAAGUGUUGCAGGCCGACCAAUGGCCCACCUUUCCCUCGUACGGCAGUUGCCUGGACAUUUUACAGGAGACAGACACACGCGCCGAUGGCAUUUACAUGAUUUCGCGCCAGGGCGUGGGCAUGAUGGCCUACUGCGACAUGACAACGGAAGGCGGAGGGUGGACUCUUUUUGCGACCAAGGUCACGCCUUCCUUCAAGCCUAUUACGUCGGGACAAUUCCCAGCCGAGCCCGUGGAAACGAGGUCGGACAUGUCUGGCAGUAUUCCUCGUGGCACUGCGUUUCGGCAGGCUUUGUUCAAGUUUGCCACGGUUCCCGACGUGUACACGGUCUACUCGCGCCGCGAGUCGGAUUCGACAGGCUUUAGUAACUUUCUGAUGGGGUUAUACACAACGGACGCGUCGGCGACUGUGUCAGACUUUCACACGGUCCGAUACGGAACACGCAUUCCGCGCGCGGGCCCGGCGGCCGCCACCUCGGCGAUCAGCUUGCACUUUGGUGAGUAUGGCAUCGCCGAAGAGUUUGCCACAACGUCGGGGUCGAUCCUGGCUCUUUGGUCGACUGUCGAUACCACCAUGAGCUACACCUUUUGGGACGACACCACGGCCUCGGGUCGCAAAUGCCUUGCCAGCAUAUGUCUCAGCACCGAACCCAUCCUCUACAUUUUUUCUCUCUCUCUCUCUCUCUCUCUCUCUCUCUCUCUCUCUCUCUCUCUCUCUCUCUCUCUCUCUCUCUCUCUCUCUCUCUCUCUCUCUCUCUCUCUCUCUCUCUCUCUCUCUCUCUCUCUCUCUCUCUCUCUCUCUCUCUCUCUCUCUCUCUCUCUCUCUCUCUCUCUCUCUCUCUGUGGUAGUUGUACUUUUCCUUUGUGUCUUUGCUCUUUCUCUCUCUCUCUCUCUACCAAUUCAUUUCUCUCUCUCUCUUCUCUCUCUCUCUCUUACACACACACACACACUUUCUCUCUCACACUCUUUCGCUCUCUCUCCAAGAACAUGACGGGCAGGGGGGGCACAGGGUGCCGGGGACUUGUGGCGGGGGUGGUGUUGCUGGGAUGGGGUUGGUUGCUGGCUGGUUUGGAUGGAGUGAAUGGACAGGCGGUCGGUUGUCGUUUGAGUCAGCUGCGGUCUCAGGAGGGCGUGGAUGAACCAUGCUUUACUUGCACCCGCCUGGCUGACUCCGGAGGACUGUGGGCGGGCUUUGGGGCCACUUGCUACACCGACGUGACGUCUGAAUUUUGCCUGGCGCGGUACUACUGGACGGCCUAUGUCUGCAAGUCUGUCGGCUAUUUUACCCUGGAUCACGAAGGCGAAAUGACCGCUCAUUUUGCUGCUGCCGGCUGUGUCGUCGAGUUUGAUAACGAGACCCGCCCCAGCCUGGUGUGCGAUGGCAGCCGCGGCUCAGGCCAGACCAACAAGCUGAAAGCGGCCCCAUUGGGAGGCGCACCCUACGACCUCAAACGUUUGGUCAUCCGCCACCAUCUCAUUGAUGGGUUUGCAGACACCCAAACCACCCUCUUGCAGCAAUUGGAAACCCUGGACCUCAGCCACAACCAGAUUCUCAGCGAGCGCUUGGACAUGCGUAGCCUGCUCGGUCUACGCUUCUGCAACCUCUCCCACAACAAACUGACCUUGGUGCAGGCCCGCAUGCUGCCGACACAGAACAAUUUGCUCCUGCUCGAUACUUCUGCCAAUAAUCUGACUGUCGUCCGCGCUGACCUCUUGGUGUCGAGCAUGAGCUCCAGCUGCGAAGGUGUCAUUCUUCCCUCGCACUGUUCCUUUGUGUAUGACACGUGCCAGGCCGUGCUCCGACAUGCUUCCAAUGCCUCAGUACCAAGCCUUGACUCGGGCAGUGAGGCUAACGAUGGCUCGUGCAUCUUGACCACUAGCCCCAACCUGACAUGCCCCAGCGGUGUCAGCAUCUUUCCUUACCAGUACUGUGAUGGGGUGGAAGAUUGUGGCGAUGGUUGGGAUGAGUGGCGGUGUUGCCAGCUGUGGAAUACUUCGAAGGAACUUCUUUUCCCAGACUGCGGUGCCAAUCCCAUGAUGUUGCAGUACCACUUUGGUCAUGCCCAAAUUGGCCCACCCGUCUACAGUUUGGCCGUCCAAUGCGGCCUCCCGCUCCUCAUGCCAUUCCUUGCCUAUUUCAUGGACACGCCCGUCCUCAACGCCAAUGGCCAGGCCGAAUGGUCAGGGGCCGAGGAUAAGGGCUCCCUGACCUUGAUUCUCAACCGCACGGACAUGAUCCUCAACUAUCAAGCUGGAGCGGGCGCCGUAGUCGCACAUAUUGCCGAGGACGAGGUCCAAACUGUCGACUGUGCCACCGUUAAGGUCCUGGGGGGCUGGAACACCCCGGCUCCCAGCAACUCACCUGUAGCGUCCACGGCGCCCGCCUUGACUGUUGCGCCGACCGCAGCCGCAUCAUCCGGCUCCUCCUCGCAUCUCGUGACCAUCGUGGUUGCUGUGACGGUCACCCUGGCCACGGUGCUCGUUGUUCUCAUCUUGCUGUGGGACCGAACUCGUCGGCAACGAAGGGUCAAACAGUUGUUUGCUGACGAUGUGGAAUCUACUCUUGAACACCAGAUGUUGAACACGCUGGCCACCCACGCCCUGUCCGACACCGUCGUUCAAGGUCUCGGCGAGCAUCAGCUUGCUGCUGGCGCCGUCGUCUCGUCAUCAGUCCUGCACCGGGGCACUUUUUCCGUUGUCAAGUUGGGACGAUUGAUGCCACAUGUUCAACCUGUGGCCAUUAAAGAGAUGGAUGGGAAGGCAGCUUGUGCCAUGGGCAUGCUCGAAGUGGCCAUGCUGCUGGCCGCGCGACACCCCCGUGUCGUGCGACUUGAAGGGUUCGUGCUUGACCAGAGCAAGCAUCACAUUAGCAUCUGCACCGAGUAUUUGCCUGGUGGAUCAUUGUUAAAUUGGCUGCGGGAGCUGCGCAAAAAAGCACAGCAGAUCCAAGUGCCUCAGUUUCUUGAUGCUGCCUUUGGGCUGGCAGAAGCCCUUCAAUACCUGGCGCAUAUCGGACUGGUGCAUCGAGAUGUUGCUGCGCGAAAUGUUUUGGUGCGCAAAGAGGCCAUGGGUACACUGCAGGCAUUUGAAGAGGACGAUGCCACUGAGAGUAGCGUGGAUGAGGCUGGCUACUAUCGUCAGCAGAGCUUGCUGGAGACGGCGGCGCGUUGGCAGCCUCCUGAGGUGUUGCAGGAGCAGCGCUUCAGUAUUGCCAGUGACACCUGGUCAUAUGGCGUUGUUCUUUUUGAAAUGUGGAGUCUUGGCCAAACGCCUUAUGCCGACCUUCAGCGCGAGGCAGAUGUGAUUCGGGCCGUUUUGGAUGGCCGACGACUUGCCGUUCCCCCCGUUGGCUCGAAAUUCCCACCUCGACUUGCAAAGGGCAUCUAUCUGGCAAACGCGCUGAGUCUGCACAAUUCAAAAGAACUCAGUAAGAAGGGGACAAACUACAUUCGAAGUCAAGCAAAGCAAGCCCAACGGAUGCUACAGGCACGAAAUGGCAGCGCGAGUGGCAGUGCACACCACAAGUCGGCCCUCUCCACGCCAUCUGCGCUUUAA